UCUUCAUUUUCAUCCUCACUGAUUCCCUCAGCUUCUUCAUCGUGGCUGCCAAUCACGUCGUGUUCACAUUCAAACUCCUUCCCGGCCUCAUGUCCAUAGCCAUCGCAUCGAGUUCACUUGCUGGUAGACGCCACCCUUGGCCAGUCAGAAUUUUGCACUGGGAGCGCUAGGGAGGUGGUUGAAAACUCCCUCUACUCUGUUCCGGCGGCACAUCGUCAAAGCCGGGACGACUUUGCCUUUGCAGAGGCGGCCAGCGCCGACAACUGGGGGUCAAUCGCCGGAGGCUCCUAUCGCACGCACACACACACACACACACACACACACAGAGAGAGAGAGAGAGAGAGAGAGAGAGAGAGAGAGAGAGAGAGAGAGAGAGAGAGGAUGUUCAAGUAAGGCGAACCCAGGGUGGUUAGAAGGGUUGCGAUCAAGGCGGUACGUAGGUGGGCAACACAAGAGAGAGAGAGAGAGAGAGAGAGAGAGAGAUGGAAGAAGAGGGAGCGCAUACGAGCUUGGGGGGUUCGGGUGGAAGCAAUGAUGUGGCUCUCUCUGCCGAUCGGGAAGGUCAGGCGGGUGGAGGAGUUGAGGCGGGCCGUAAUUUGAAGCAGGUCGGCCAUGGUGAUGAGCAUUUGGUCGGCGCCGACGUGGCAGAGCAGCGGGAAGGGGCUGCUAUGCCUGCAGCAGAUCCCGACGGGAGGAAUGCACCAGACGGGACUGGAAAAACACAAUCUCUAGCACCCAACUCCACAGCGCAGUUCUCUUUCUCGCGUCAAGGCGAUGAAAGUUCAGCGGCGGCUCCUUCUUACCCCUCUUCUCAUCCUUCGCUCUCGGAGAAUGCACCUGUAAAAUCGGGCGAUGGCGGCCUUUCUGCGGCCAAUGUACUCUCGACCGGAAUCCCCGAGGACACGGGGGAAGGAGGAGGAGGGGGAGGGGGAGGGGGAGGCAGCAGAGGCGGCGGCGGCGGCGGAGGAAGUUGGGAAGAGGUUACUGUGGCUGAUAGAGAGGGAACCUGCUCUCCCUCUCCCGCCUCUCUAUCUUAUGCCUCUUCGUCACCCAAGCCUCAACCUAGCCCUAUUGCGUCCCCCUCCUCUAUACGCCAUUCCUCAGCCACGCGUUCGUUCGACAGACUGUCCUCUCAAUCGAGUGUCGGUACGGGACCGAUCCUCCCCUCGGUUGCCCAUCAACUGAUGCGACUCAUCGACUCAGCAAUCCAGGAGAGCGAUCCCAACGCGCUUGAUAAGCUGAGAAAAGUGGUAGCCGGUAGAGAAGGGUUGGAAGGGGAGGGAGAUCUUAUCGAAGGGAUUACAGUGAAUGCGGACUCCAAUUACGCCCGCCAGGUUGUGGACGUGUUGACAAUGAAGAUGGGAGGAGUACCCCCUUCAAUGGAGGAUACUGUGCAGCUGGACAGAGGAGCGGAUUCAACAAUUCCUCAAGUUAUGCUAAGCGCAGGGGCGGCACGUGUGGGUGCGGAUCUCUUGCCUUGGCUACCUUACUUUGAGGGAGAGGUGGUCUUCGGUCAUGAAGGGCAGGUGAUUGUUUUUUCUCCAAGAACCCGGAUGGCUUAUGCGUUGGCUGCAGUGCUGCAAGCGUGUACAAGGAAUCGUGCCAUGUGUUCUGCAGCAGGGCUCUUGCGCUCCUUGUUGGCUGCGGCAAGAGCUAUUUUCUCUGGACGGGAAGUGGUGGAGGAUGUGGGCUCUCUAGGGAAUGGCAAGUCUCGGAAAUGGGACCCCACCCCUCUGCUGACUGCCAUCCAAGCGCUGGGGGCGCACAGCUUGAGCCCUCAAGAUCUUCGAGAAUGGCUGUCCACAGCAGCGGAGCUGACAAAGACAGGAUACAGCUUAGAUGUUAUUCUAGCGCUGGAGAGAGCCAUUGGGUCUGAAGAGGGCAGGGGCCCCAGGUCUACUUUCGAGUUUGAUGGAGAGAGCUCUGGGCUCCUUGGUGCUGGCGAGAGCAAGUGGCCGUUCAACAAUGGAUAUGCGUUUGCGACGUGGUUAUAUGUUGAGUCUUUUGCAGAUAGCAUUCAGUCAGCAUCAGCUGCUGCCGCUAUUGCUGAGGCAGUAUCUAGCCAAUUCGGCAAAGCAUCACCUGCGGCUGCUGCAGCUGUUGCGAGUGCAGUUGCAGGUGAGGGUUCAUCUCAUAUGCCACGACUCUUCAGCUUUUUAACUUCCGAUAACCAGCAGGGGAUCGAGGCCUACUUCCAUGGACAGUUUCUCGUUCUUGAAGUUGCCAGUGGGAAGUCGAGAAAGACAUCCUUUCAUUUCCAGUUUGCAUUCAAACCAAGACGAUGGUAUUUCAUUGGUUUGGAACAUUCUCUGAAGCAGAGUGGUUUAUUAUCAAGAGGGGAGGGAGAGGUGAAACUGUAUGUGGAUGGCAGGUUGACUGAGACGCGUACACUGGAGUUGCCCCGAGUAUCAAAGCCCCUAGCCUUUUGCUGUAUUGGAACCAACCCUCCCCCAGCAAUGGCAGGACUGCAGAGGCGGAGGCGACUAUGUCCUUUGUUUGCAGAAAUGGGUCCUGUCUACAUUUUCAAGGAGCCUAUCAACGACAGAAUGAAUAGAUUGUUUACGCGUGGUGGCAAUUAUUUGCCGACGUUUGGAAAUGGGUCAGGGACUCCCUGGAUGGCCAGCUCUGAGCUGAUGCUCAUCAUCACAGAGGACAAGUAAGGUCACCGCUUUGAUUUGCAUCCAAUUUUGGUGGUUGAUUGUUCCCUGAGGAUGGUUUUUUUGCCUCUUUCGGAAAUUGGCGAUCAUGCAUGCAUGUGGCAGGAGUGUAUGCCACUUUUCUUUCUGGGAGCGUGCAGUUAUUAAUGUCUGUAGGUCGGUAGUGAAAACAAAAAGAAUUGCAAAUG